UUCUUCCCGUCUGUACGCAGCACGCGAGGAAACCGUCUGGCGGCCGCGGGCAGACAAUGAGAAGUUGGGUGAGCCCUUCCUCUCCCCCCUCGUCGAUCUCGUCGCGGCAGGGUCAGAUCGUGGGCUGGGAUUGGCCGCCGGGUUCGUCGAGCUGCUCGAACCCGCACUCCGGUGGCCCGCCGCCUGCGUUAGCCCCGCCUUCGCGGGCCGUGGACACCGACGAGGGGGAAUUCGGCGGCAGGCCACGGGCGGCUAAAUGCGCUCUUCUGGAGUCCGGCUGCGUGGAUAGGGUUUGCACCGCGGAUCGGCCGGCCGGGGACGGCAGGGAUCGAAUCAGCGAUCUCCCAGACGCCGUCCUCCUGUCCGUCCUCUCCUUGCUCCCCCUCCGCGACGCCGGGCGCACGGCAGUUCUCUCGUCGCGAUGGCGCGGCCUGUUCGACCAAUCCCUCUUGGACUUCAACGCGUGCCAGCCGUUCCCACCGGAGCAAGGCCGCGGCGGCGGCUGGUUCAUCCGCGCGAUCACCGACAUCCUCGCCGCCCGGCCGCGCAUCCGCAUCCGGAGUUUCCGGUUCGUCAUGUACGGGUGGGGGUUUGACGAUCGCCUGGCCGUCGUCGACGGCUGGUUCCGAGCCCUCGCGCGUCACGGCGCGCGGGAAGUCGACGUCGACAUGUUCUACGCAAUCUCCAUGCCCACUCUUCCUGGGUCCCUCCUCGAGCUCUCCUCCCUCGAAACCCUCAAAGUGGAUCACUGCAGAUUUCCGGAUGCCUGGCCGGCGCGGGUGCCGGCGCCCGCGCCGUGGCUCCCCGCCCUCAAAAUACUCAACCUGUCUAGCGUGAACGUAUCCCAGGAAUCCCUGCAGGCCAUCCUGUCCAACUGCAACUCCCUGGAGUGCGUGAAGCUCAAGAACAUCAUUGGAUUGGACAAGAUUUGCCUCCGGUCCAAGAGCCUAGCACGCCUGUACGGUGACUUCGGCGGCUUGAAAGAGCUCGUUGUUGAGGACGCCCCAAACCUCGAAGAAUUGGUGGGGAUUGGUUUGCCGAGUGGCAAGGCGAAGGUUAAGAUCGUUUUCGCGCCAAAGCUGCAGGUGCUAGGGUACCUGGGGAUCACCGUCCGCCCACUGAUCCUCUAUGACACCGUGCAUGAUGGAGGGAUCGUAAAGCUCGGCGCAAUGGUGCACAGUGUUAAGACUUUGGCCAUCCAGGUGCCCUUCUCCGAGAAGGGAUACACCGUCUUUGUUGUUCAAUUGCUCAAAUGCUUCCCCUGUCUCGAGGUGCUCCGUGUCGAGCCUAAUAAGCAGUCCAUUUCCCAGCGGGUCAGUGUUGAAGAAUGGGACACUGCAAAUUCUAUUAGGUGCAUUGAGCAUUCGAUCAACAGAGUGGUGUUCGAGUAUUUUGGAGGGGAAGACUGCCAGUUGGGAUUUCUGACCUUUCUGCUUAGGAUAGCCAGAGCUCUGAAGCUUGUCGAGCUCUACUGUUGGACAAGCAAAGAUUGGGACAGUGACCAGAUUGAGCUAGUGGAGCCUAAACAUAGAGCCUCUCCGGAUGCCGAGAUCCAAUUUUUGGGAAUCUAUAAGCCGCCCAGUGACCUUUACGUAUGCCACUGCUGCACUCAGCGAUGCCAGGAGGAAAACAGAGUUGCUCUGUUAUAAGAAUUGGAACUUGUGGAUAAUUUUAAGCGGUAAAAUAAUAUGGGUGCUUCCAGUCAAUCAGAGCCAACGCCGACUUCUGGGAUUAGCACUUUGGCUGUUCCCGAGUUAAUGUAUGAGUGAGUGUGUGCAUGUGCUUAUAAUUUCAGGUAUUGAGUAUUGAGUAAUGGGUUUCUAAAUUCAUCUAGGCCUGCAAAAGCAACUAUUAUUUAUCUCUGAUGAAGUAUGUGGAACUAUUUUUAUUUAGUUGAGAUUGAUGCAUGAGCGGACAACUUAUCCAAGAAUGUCAUUUAGGUCCAUAAACUUUUAAAACAUUUUUCUAAUGGUGCACUACAUGUCCCUAAACUUGUUCUGAUGCAUAGCUUUCCUUGCCACUAAUGAUUGGCGUAGUUCAUGUUAUUAA